CCUGGGGUGACAGCUGUGGAAGAGAGCUGCCUUGUCCCCGGAGCCCCUGAGCUGAAAGGGGCGAGGGAGCGACAGGCAUGGGCCCCGAGCUGCCUGCACCUUGGCUGCUCCUCUUCACCUGGCUCCCAGCAGGGUGCCUGUCCUUGUUGGUGACAGUCCAGCACACGGAGCGCUACGUCACCCUGUUUGCUUCCGUCGUCCUCAAAUGUGACUACACCACCUCUGCCCAGCUCCAGGAUGUGGUAGUGACGUGGCGCUUCAAGUCCUUCUGCAAGGACCCUAUCUUUGACUACUACUCUGCAUCUUACCAGGCAGCUUUAUCCCUGGGCCAGGACCCAUCCAAUGACUGCAACGACAGCCAGCGGGAGGUUCGCAUUGUGGCUCAGAGGCGGGGACAGAAUGAGCCUGUGCUGGGGGUGGAUUACCAGCAGCGCAAGAUCACCAUCCAGAACCGAGCAGACCUUGUGAUAAAUGAAGUGAUGUGGUGGGACCAUGGAGUGUAUUACUGCACCAUUGAGGCUCCAGGGGACACAUCAGGAGACCCAGAUAAGGAGGUGAAGCUCAUCGUCCUGCACUGGCUGACAGUGAUCUUCAUCAUUCUGGGAGCCCUCCUCCUGCUCCUGCUGAUUGGAGUGUGCUGGUGCCAGUGCUGUCCUCAGUAUUGCUGCUGCUAUAUCCGUUGCCCCUGCUGUCCCGCCCUCUGCUGCUGCCCUGAGGAAGCCCUGGCUCGCCACCGGUACAUGAAGCAGGCUCAGGCCCUAGGCCCUCAGAUGAUGGAAAAACCCCUGUACUGGGGGGCGGACAGGAGCUCCCAGGUUUCAUCUUAUCCAAUGAACCCGCUGCUGCAGCGAGAUUUGUCCCUGCGAUCCAGCCUCCCACAGAUGCCAAUGAGCCAGACCACUGCUCACCCUCCCAUCACCAAUGGUGUCCUAGAGUAUUUGGAGAAAGAGCUGCGGAAUCUCAACCCAGCCCAGCCUCUGCCCCCUGACCUCAAAGCCAUAUCUGGCCAAGCCUGCAGCAUGCUGUCCUCCCUGGGCUCUGAGGUUGUGGAACGCAGAAUCAUCCACCUGCCUCCACUGAUCAGAGACCUGCCGUCCUCACGGAGGACCAGCAACUCCUCCCGCCAGCAGUGGCUCACCCCAGUUCCCCCUGGAGCCUGGGAUCUGAGGGAGGGACGAAGGCAGCCCCACUACUCUGAUUUCCACCAGGAGCCCCAGGACGGGGAGCCUAAACGCCACCAGGGGUUGGAGGGACGGGAGCUGAAUCAACUUCGGAGGGGAAGGCGCCACUCCUCAGGACUGCGGGGGUCACCCACGCCCUGGUCAGACAGGGACAGCUUCAGUGACGGCCCCUCGUCCAGUGAGGCCCGCUGGUGGCCCAACCACCCACCUGCCCGGAGCCACUACUCAGGCCGACACCACAGGCCCAGUGCCUGGGAGAGUGCCCAGAGGCCCCGGAGGCGCAGGCCCCGCAGCUACUCCCCUCCCUUGCCCUCCGGCCUCAGUUCCUGGAGCUCUGAGGAGGAUGAGAAGGAGAGGCAGUCCCGGAACUGGGGAACCCACCACCGCAGCCGCAGCUCACACCCCUCAAACUGGCCUGAGGAGAAGCCACCCAGCUACCGCUCGCUGGAUGUCAUGCCAGGCAAGAAUGGCAGGAAAAAAGGGAGUGUGGAGAGGCGCUCGGAGAGAGACAGCUCCCAUAGUGGAAGGAGUGUGGUCAUUUAGUCACCGGGCACAGCACUACUUCUUUGGCUACUU